AUGCAUCCGGCCAACAAGGAUACUGAAGUUGUGGUGGUUUCCAAGCAAGAGGCAGGUGUUACUGUGGUGGAGCUGAAUCGCCCGAUCAAACGCAAUGCGCUGUCGCAAAAUCUGAUUGACGAGUUGCUGCAUGUGCUGCGCAAGCUGGAUCGAGAUGUGGAAGUACGAGCGAUUGUGCUUACGAGCACCGGUCAGUCGCCAUUCUGUGCCGGAGCAGAUAUUCAAGAGCUGGCAAAGAUCUCCACCGCGGAGGCGUAUCGCGUGGGAUGGCUGAAAGACCUUGAAACUGGGUUUUCGACGCUGCGGACACCCGUCAUCGCAGCCGUGCGAGGAUACGCUGCCAUGGAAUUUAUUCUUACGGGAGAACCUCUAACAGCCCAAGAAAUGGAGCGAUAUGGGAUUGUGAACAGAGUCGUUCCUAUUGGGCAAGAUGUCGUCGACGAGGCAAUGAGAAUCGCGACGCGAAUUGCGACCUGCUCAGCUCCUGCUAUAGGAUUAGCGAAACAGGCGAUCAAAGCUGCUGAGAAAACAACAUUGGAAGCAGGCCUGGAAAUCGAGCGCGCAUUGUACUACAGCAGUUUCUCGCUUGAGGACUGUAAGGAAGGUAUUGCAGCGUUCUUGCAGAAGCGUCCUCCAGGCUUUGUUCACGAAUAG